AUGACGGACGAGGAAACCAAAAGUCGCAAUAGAAGAGAAAUGUCUAAAACUGAUGUAUCGAAUAAUAUCCAGAAUUCUGACAAAAAUAAAGCUUCAAAAUCAUCGAAUGGAAUAGCAGCUCCUAUUCAAAUAGUUGCAUCGAUUUUAUUAGGCAUUGCAUUUGGUUUCUUAAUGAACAAAACUAACGUAUAUCUUGCUCCGAUGAUUCGAGAACAAAUGAUAUUUAAACGCUUGACUAUGAUUAAAAUGUUUCUUGGUGCUGUUGGAAUGUCAAUGUUGAGUGUGUUUUUACUUAUUCUUUUCAAUGAAUCAAUCUAUCAAAAUGUUCGCAAUGGAUUUAUUCAUAAAAUCAAUCGUAUUGGAGCUUUUCAUCUUGCCAUGGGUGGAUGUCUUAUUGAAGUUGGCAUGGUUCUAGCUGGUAGUUGUCCAGGAACAAUAUUUAUUCAAAUGGGUUCGGGUCUACCAAAUUCUUUCAUAACAUGUAUUGGUGGUAUCUGUGGAGUUUUAUUUUAUUAUUUAUUUCUUAAUGAACGUCUGACAAAGCAGGAGCUACCAAAAUCAUCCAUAGUUCUACAACAACUUCCAGAUUUAAUGGGUGUAAAACAUAUUUAUCUGAAUCUAAUAUUUGGUUUAACAUUUAUUAGUAUUGCAUUCAUUCUUGAGUACUUUUUCCCCUAUAAAAAUGAUUUAAUUCAAUCAGACGGAUUUCAAACUUUAAGUGCUUGGUCACCAGCAUUGUGUGGUGUCGGAAUUGGCUUGUUACAAUUAUUUUUCAUGAUUUCAUUUAAAAAAUCAUUGGGUAUAUCAACCGGAUUUACUGUUAUUGUUGCACAAGCAUGUCGUGUACAGUUUUUCAAAAAAUUAAUACCAUCACUAGAAUCGUUCACUUAUGGAAUACAAAAUAGUUUAACAUUAUUGUUUGCACUUGCAGCUAUUGCCGGAAGUUUUAUUUCAACUGUUUCAACAAACCAAUUUCCAUUAAAUGAAAAAUAUGGUGCAAAUGUUUGGAGUAGCUUCUUUGGUGGAUUCUUACUAUUAGUUGGUGCACGAUGUGCUGGUGGUUGUACAAGUGGACAGGGAAUCUCGGGUGUUAGUCAUCUUUUAAUUGGUUCUCUUAUAGCAACUGCAGCUAUGUUUGGCGGCGGAAUACUUUUUGCUAUCGGCUAUGGAUUGAUAACAAACGACUGGCAUUUUUAUGAUUUGUAA